AUGGGAGCAGGGAAGAAAACAAACCAGCUCAUGCAGCUGCCAGGCUCCACUCUGGACAAGAGCAUGGCGUCGGCCGAGGAUCCUGGGGGCAGCUGGAGCUGUGUGGACAACACAUCGGACUGCCAGGAGAAGUCAGAGGGUCUGCGUUUAGACUCAGCAGAAAGAAAGUCCACAACGCCUAGUUUGUUUGGUUACCCCCUGAGCAUCUUCUUCAUUGUGGUCAACGAGUUCUGCGAACGGUUUUCCUACUAUGGCAUGAGAGCACUCCUGAUUCUGUACUUCACACAGUUCAUCGGAUGGGACGGCAAUCUGGCCACCGCCAUCUACCACACGUUUGUGGCUCUCUGCUACCUGACGCCCAUCCUGGGCGCGCUCAUCGCCGACUCCUGGCUGGGAAAGUUCCGGACCAUUGUGUCGCUGUCCAUUGUCUACACGAUCGGACAGGCAGUCACGGCCAUCAGCUCCAUAAAUGACCUCUCAGACUUCAACCACGAUGGCGUCCCCGACAACCUCCCUUUACAUGUGGCUCUGUCCAUGAUCGGCCUGGCCCUGAUAGCUCUCGGGACUGGAGGAAUCAAGCCGUGUGUGUCUGCAUUUGGUGGAGAUCAGUUUGCAGAGGGCCAGGAAAAACAAAGAAACCGAUUUUUUUCCAUCUUUUAUUUGGCCAUUAAUGCUGGAAGUUUGCUUUCUACUAUCGUCACUCCCAUUCUCAGAGUUCAAGAAUGUGGAAUUCACAGUAAGCAAGCUUGUUAUCCAAUGGCGUUUGGGGUUCCUGCUGCUCUGAUGGCCGUUGCUUUGAUUGUGUUUAUCGUUGGCAGCAGAAUGUACAGGAAGGUCCAGCCCCAGGGUAACAUCAUGGGUAAAGUAGUCAACUGCAUUGGGUUUGCCAUCAAAAAUAGGUUUAGGCACCGGAGUAAGGAAUUUCCCAAGAGGGAGCACUGGCUGGACUGGGCCCAAGAGAAGUAUGACGAGCGGCUUAUCUCUCAAAUCAAGAUGGUGACCAGGGUGAUGUUCCUGUAUAUUCCGCUCCCCAUGUUCUGGGCCUUGUUUGAUCAGCAGGGCUCAAGGUGGACACUACAGGCAACGACCAUGAAUGGGAAAAUUGGAAUUCUUGAAAUUCAGCCGGAUCAGAUGCAGACUGUGAAUGCCAUCUUGAUUGUUAUCAUGGUCCCCAUCGUAGAUGCUGUGGUCUACCCUCUGAUUGCAAAAUGUGGCUUCAAUUUCACCUCCUUGAAGAAGAUGACAGUAGGAAUGUUCCUGGCUUCCAUGGCUUUUGUGGUGGCUGCCAUUUUGCAGGUGGAAAUUGAUAAAACUCUUCCAGUCUUCCCCAAAGGAAAUGAAGUCCAAAUUAAAGUGUUCAAUAUAGGAAAUAAUAACAUGACUGUAUAUUUUCCAAAAGAGAUGGUGGACCUUGGCCCAAUGUCUGAUACAAAAGAAUUUAUGACGUUGAAUGUGGACGAACUGAGAAGUAUAAACAUUUCUUUUCCUGGAUCACCAAUCACUCCAGUAACUCCUGACUUUGAGCAGGGCCAUCGCCACAGCCUUCUAGCGUGGGCCCCCAGUCAGUACCUAGUGGUAAACGAUGGCCUUAACCAGAAGCCAGAAAAAGGACAAAAUGGAAUUAGAUUUAUAAAUGUUUUUGGUGGGAGCCUCAACAUAACAGUGAAUGGGAAAGGCUACGAAUAUGUUACCAGUUACAAUGCCAGCCAGUACCAGUUUUUUCCUUCUGGCAUAAAAACCAUCACACUAAGCUCAGCAGAGAUUGCAACAGUCUGCAAGAAUUCUUUUGAAUCAGUCGACCUUGGAUUUGGUAGUGCAUUUACCUAUGUAAUUUUCAGGAAGAGUGAUGGCUGCCCUGACCUGAAAUAUUCUGAAGAUAUUCCACCCAACACAAUUAACAUGGCCCUGCAAAUCCCGCAGUAUUUCCUCAUGACCUGCGGCGAGGUGGUUUUCUCUGUCACAGGACUGGAGUUCUCAUAUUCUCAGGCUCCUUCCAACAUGAAGUCGGUGCUUCAAGCAGGAUGGCUGUUGACAGUGGCUGUCGGCAACAUCAUUGUGCUCAUCGUGGCAGGAGCAGGCCAGUUCAGUGAGCAGUGGGCCGAGUACGUUCUGUUUGCUUCGUUGCUCCUGGUCGUCUGCAUAAUUUUUGCCAUCAUGGCUCGAUUCUAUACUUACAUCAAUCCAGAAGAGAUCGAAGCUCAGUUUGAUCAGGAUGAAAAAAAGAAAAAGCCAGAAAACCUAUAUAGCACAAUGGAUCCCGUCACACAGACACAUUUGUGAAUAUCAGGAAGCCAGUGGAGAAUGGAUUGGGCCGAGAACAUGCCCUGACUUCUGUCUCCAGGUGGCAGGACACUGUUGGAUGACCCUGAUGGGGAAGACUUCAGAAUUAUGAACCAAACCAAGAAAGCAAUUUUCUAAGCAGCCAUCAGUGAACCUCAAACUCUAGAAGAAGUCUUUUUUUUUUUUAAGAGAAGUCUUAUUUAAGGUACGCAUGCAUGCACACACACACUUUUACAACAUUUGCAAGUAUACCCUGCAGUCAGCUCUUUUCCUAUCACAAAAAUGAAGUUAUUUUGGACUAACUUAAUAUUUUGAAAGGGUGACAAAGUUCCAUAUUGUUUGCAUUCUCACACUGUAUGAAAACAAUGUUAAAUGAGGCCAGAGAAAUGUGAAAGUGAAUCUACAGGCUAAAGGAUGGUACAUAAUAAGCUAGUAUUAACUGAUACCUUUACCUUUUGUUUUUUUGUUUUGUUUUGUUUUGUUUUCCCAGUUCCUACCUCUUUUUAAAUUAUGUGUAACUCAAAAAACCACUCAGGUAAAAGCCAAUAAUGAU